AUGACACCCCAAGAUUCCAGACUGCAGGACCUCUUUUCGUACGGGCCCUACAAAGGGAAAAUCAACCUGAACAUCUGGGACCGCCUGAAAGACAAACCUAACGGCCACUACGUUGUGGUCUGCGGGAUCAAUCCGACCCCGCUCGGUGAAGGCAAGUCCACAACCACCGUGGGACUUUCUCAAGCCCUAGGUGCUUUUCUUGGCCAGAAGGUUCUGACAAACAUCCGCCAGCCCUCCAUGGGACCGACCUUUGGAAUCAAGGGAGGCGCUGCUGGGGGCGGCUAUGCGCAGUGCUUCCCCAUGGAGGACUUCAACCUCCAUAUGACUGGCGACAUCCAUGCCAUCACCGCCGCGCACAACCUCUUUGCCGCGGCCAUUGACACCAGGUACUACCACGAGAACAGCUCAUCGGCGAAGUUCAUCUGGAAUCGUCUUUGCCCUGUUGACAAGCACGGCAAGCGCCAGUUCGAACCAUCGAUGUAUGCUCGGCUGGAGAAGCUGGGCCUGUCCCACAAAAAGCACGAUCCCGAUUUGCUGACAGAGGAGGAGAUUGAAAAGUUCUGCAUCUUGGACAUCGAUCCGGACACGAUCACAUGGAGGCGUGUGACCGACUGCAGUGAUAAGUACUUGAGGAAGGUGGAGAUCGGGUUGAACUCGUCCGAAUUCUCCAAGAAGAAGGGCGAGCAGAUGAAGCGGAUGGCUUCCUACGGCAUCACCGUCAGCUCUGAGAUCAUGGCCAUCCUCGCCUUGGCCACGGAUUUGAAGGACCUCCGCACCCGACUGGGGAAAAUGAUCUGCUGCUACUCCAAGAAGGGGGAGCCCAUCACAGCAGACGACUUCGGCAUUACAGGUGCACUGGCAGUCCUGAUGAUGGAUGCGCUGCCACCGACCAUGCUGGAGCAGCUUGCGGCACAGCAGUUGGAAGCAAUCUCCGACGAGACAGACAUGUCAGACAGCCUCCGCGAGAAAGCUCGGACAGAGAAGCAGGCCGUGCAGGACAGCAGCUGGCGUUUCAGGAAGUGA